AUGGAUGAUUAUUUAGGUGGAACAUUUGAUCGCAUCGAAAGAGGGCAGCUGAUAAAGUGCUUCAACAAUUCAGAUUGGGAGGACAAAGGCGAGGACGCAGUCAAGAUGGUCAUAUUGUAUUUUAUAAAUACAUUCGUAUUAUGCGGUGAGCCUGUUCGAUCGAACAUACCUAGGAUACAUUUUGACGUUGUAGAGGACGGGAGAUAUGUUGAUUAUCCUUGGGGCAAAGAGUCCUUCAAAGAGUUGGUUACAAGCAUUAGUCAGAAAUAUGCCGACUUCAAGCAAUAUUAUAGGAUUCACGGAAUGGCAAUUGCCAUGCAAGUUUGGCUGUAUGAAUCUUGUUCAAAAGUCCCAUCCAAAAUUGCAAUUAAGUCGGGGAAUUUAAUUCCCAAAAUCUUGAAUUGGCGGACUGUCGAAGAAAGACCAAAAUUUGAAGCUUUGAUGGAAGGCAUGUUUAGAGAUGACAUACACCCGAUUUGUACUUUUGAUGAUGUUGUUCCAACCACUGCUGAGUUGGAACGACUUAAUUUGUCUCCUGUUGUUUCACAAGCUAUCCCCAACCCAACAGAUGGAGUUGAAGUUGCUGAAGGCAACGAGAUGGUUGAUGAUGACUAUGAUGACUUCAGUACCAUACCACCACACAUUGUAAGGGGUAAACAGCAACAGCGGUCUGCAGUAUCUGAUUCACCGCCUCAUAAGAAACGCAGACAGGUUUCAGUUACAGAUACUACUGUUAGGAAACAGUCAGCCCGGAACGAACCAAUCAUAACAUCGAAGGACACUUCGACGUCAAGGCAUCAUGAUGUCCAAAUGGCCACCAAAACUGAUGAGGUGAAACUGCUCAGACAAGAGUUUCAAGCUUUUAAGAAAAAUGUAUCCGCUCAGUAUACUGAUCUUAGCAAGUCCAUGGAUGAUAUUCGCAAGAGCAUCGAUGACAACUUCAAAAAGGUUGUUGAGGCAAUAAAGGGAAAUCAAACAUCAGAAAAGGCUGCUGAUAGUGAAGCUCCGUUACAUCAAUACGAGGUUGGCAUACAAUACUCGCAUGAAUUCAAUCAAGAACAACAUUCUGCCAAAGAGACAUCAACUGUCAAAGAUGGUAUUGAUGAAAAUAAGAUGAAGGUUGCAGGCACAAUCUUACCUGGCGAUGUUUCUAGUGUUGGAAUGCGCCGAAGUACACAAAGUGGGGAUACUUUAAGGGCUUCAACUGAAGAGAUUCAAGGUAGCGGUGAAACACCCCCAAAGCUAACACAACCACAGGGUGAGGCAGUCAUGGUGCAUACACAUGUGCCGGUUUCGGCUGUGAAUGUAGGCCAACAAAGUCUAGUCACAAGUGAUGAAAAAAAGAGUGGAGAGUUGUUAUCAGCACUACAUUUGCAAUCUGAGCAGGCUGGACAAUUUCAACAAAGUGGGGUAAAUCAUGAUGCAGAAUUUAGUGCAUCAGAGAAAAUGGUAGCAGAGUUGCUAAUCCAGUGUCCUCUCGCCACAGUUAUUCCACUUGGUCCCCCUGGAAUACAAGUCAAUGAUCAAGCUGAUCCCUAUAUUUUUAAGACCCCUCAGAGCAACAAAGUUGAUAAUGUUGUACCAAAUUAUCAGUGGUUAAUUCCUGAUGAUCAAUUACCCAGCCAACUUGGAGUACAACCAACAACAGGGCAAAGCUCAACUGCUGAAGGAGCACAACCUUCAAUCGAAAAUACUGAACGCCGAAUAAUAGUCCACCCAAGCAUUGUGCGAGAUAGGAAACCCAGCAAAUACACUGUGUCCCCUUUCAUGCCAAAUUACAGCUCAGCUAGAUCUUCUGCAAGGUCUUUUGUCCCUAUUAUAUUUGAAAAGAAGCAUCCCUUUGUAGAACAUCUAAUCAAUGCCCCUAUGGACACGGGGUAUUUUCAAGAAUAUGAAAAUUGGAUUAAGAAGGAUCUGUUAUUAAGGCAUGAUAAAAAACGAGACAAGGAAAACCACUAUAGAAAAAACAAGGAAUUAGUGGAUCCUGAAGACGUCGAUAUGUCACUAAAGUUAGGCGUCACACUUAUCGACUUCACUGAUUCUAACACCUAUCAUUUAACUGUUUUUCAAAAUGUGUAUUUCAAUCAUCUUGAUGUUAUUUUUUAUUAUCUCCGUAAGAAAGGCAAAUAUGAAGAUAACAGCAGAUAUAAGCUUACCACCGUGAGUUAUAUACUACAUACCAUAAUCACCGAGAUUUACCGUGCUUGGGAAAAUCCGGAAUCUUCCACGAGUGUUGCUAGUAAGGAAUCUGAUGUAUGUGAGAUGGGUAAUGUACCAUGGCGUACAUUUGACAACGUAUUCAUCCCUGUCAAUGUGAAAGAGGAAAAUCACUGGAUUUUGGUGGUAAUAUCAUUCAUUGACAGAUGUCUUUAUGUGUACGACUCAUAUCGAGCUGCAGGGCAUGAUGCCGUCGUUAAGAGAGAAGUGAACAUGCUAGUUGCCCUUGUGCCACAUCAUCUACAAAUGUCUGGUUUUUAUGCAAAGAGGAAGGAUAUGGAUUUUCAGAAACACCCAUCUUACAAAAACAAAGCACUGAAUGACGAUUUUGAUGUCGUUAAUGUGGACGAUCUACCACAACAAGAACCUGGAAGCAUGGACUGUGGUGUCUAUGUGGCAGCUUUUGCUGAAUUCCUGAGCUCGGGUAAAGGCAUUCCAGUCAAAAUUGAUUCAAAGUUUCACUGUCAGAGAUAUGGUGCACUUUUUUACGACUAUGCUUGGGGGAAGGCAAACCAGAAUGCAGAAAGUGAUAACGAGCAACCAGCAAGACCAGUCAGGCCUUUAGUUGAUUACGAUACAGUGAAUAUAGUAGAUGACAUAGAGUAG